CAAAGCGAACGAGUAACUUUGACCUAUUAUUUAGUUCAAAUGUAGCUACUGUAGGCAUAGCCACAACCAUAUUCACGAUAAAACGAAAUGAAGAAGAAAAGUUUUUGGUUAGUUGUUUUUUGUCUUGUCGAUGGUCGAUGUUAUUUAUAAACUAUACCAUACUUUUAAGGACUUUGUUAUUUAUUAAAAAAAUGUUGUGUGAGGCACAAAAGAAAUUAUUAAUUAUUUACAUGGAGCAACAUGAAGAGUUGCGUAGGGGACAAUUUACUGCAACAUUUACAUAUAAAAAAGCCCAACAACUUUGGGAAGAAAUUACCACAAACUUAAAUAGUGUCCCAAAUGGUCAAGCAAAAGAUUGGAAAAAAUGGAGAAAAACAUGGCAAGAUAUUAAAAAAAAUGCAAAGGCAAAAAAUGCUGCCAUAAAACGUCACAGGAAUAUGACGGGAGGAGGCCCAGCAUGUUCCAGCAGUCUCAGUGACCAAGAAACUGAGGUUUUAAGCAUGAUUGGCCCUAUGCAGACUGAUGGGAUUGGUGUUGAAGAAACCCCAUUAGAAUUUUCUUUUGUAGAACAAAGCUUGCCCUCUACAGAAACUCCUCUUCAGGAUGUUAUAUAUGAUAUUGCCGAGAUGGAUAGUGAAAAGGAAAAAGUAGACCAAAAGAUUGUGACCGACACUGAAGAGAAAAACAAUGGGGCAUAUCAGGAACACAACUACACGUUGGAAUAUCCAAUACAAAAAAAAGGAAAAGGUAGACCUCAACCACCUAGAAAAAUUUCGAAGACUGCUCGGCUACAAACUUCACUUGCUCUAAGUCAGAAACAUCUAGCUUCCAUGAAGGAAAAAAAUGAUAUUGAAGCAGCCUACUACAGAAACAAAAAUUUUAUAGAUGGGUUAAAAAUGAGGGCUCACCUACGGUCGGAAAGGUUUCAAAAUGUAUGGUGGAGACACCUAAAAAUGUAAAUACAUAAUUUUAUUUUAUUG